UCACUUUUUUGUUGUUGUUGUUGCUUUCAUUGAAUGUAUGACAUAAAUGAACGUUUCGAUGAUAUUCUGAUGUAUUGAGUUGCAGCUGUACAGAAGAUCCUCUCUCACGCAGGCUGCAGCCUAUAGGGCAGCUCUUGUGAUGCUGCGCUGUGUGAGGAAUCAAAGCGCAGGCGUCGAGUCGGGGGAGCCUAUCUUGCGCAGACUGGGUAGCUUUACUGUACAUGGCCACUGAUACCGCUGUGAAUGGAUGUAGCCGCUGGUGUAAAUCAGAAUGGCGAGGACAGCGAAUUUAACACGCCGAGUUAUCUCUGCUUGACAUCAGAGCAAACGUUCUUCAACCAUCUUGAGGGUUUUUAUUUUUAUUUUUACAUAAAAGACACCUCUUGUAUCAGCCGAAUCUCGCCUUCACAGCUCGCACCGAUGGUUUUCAUUUGACACAAAGCAGACGGGCGGCUUCUCCUAAUAAACAGUCGGGAAGAAAAGCGGGUCAUUAUGACCUUAGUAUCCGACAGUAAAAGAAAACCACCGGAUUGCUUUUACGCGGCAGCGCUCUGCUUGCAUCUCUUGCUUUGGAUUUCGCGAUCCGUGUCCGGAGAGGAGCAGCAUCAGUUCAGCGUUGAGGGAUGGCUACAGAGGUAUGGAUACCUUCCCCAUACAGAACCAGGAAUGUCUGUCCUGCGUUCGGCCAAAACCAUGCAGUCAGCCAUUGCUGCCAUGCAGCGCAUCUACGGUCUCAAUGUCACAGGGACGCUGGAUGAGACAACUAAGGAUGAUAUCACUCUAAGAUGGAUGCAAAAGCCACGCUGCGGAGUUCCAGAUAAAGUUAAAAGUGCCACGAGGUCACGGACGAGGAGAUACGCGCUGACAGGGCAGAAGUGGCAGCGUACACACAUAACCUACAGCAUAAAAAAUAUCACACCAAAGGUGGGUGCCCGGGAGACUCAUGAUGCCAUCCGUAGGGCGUUUGAUGUGUGGCAGGGCGUGACUCCCCUGCGCUUCGAGGCCGUUCCGUACAGCGCCCUGGAGACUGGCAGGCGUGACGUGGACAUCACCAUCAUCUUCGCUUCUGGCUUUCAUGGUGACAGCUCACCCUUUGAUGGGGAGGGUGGAUUCCUCGCCCAUGCCUAUUUUCCGGGCCCUGGCAUAGGAGGGGACACGCACUUUGACUCAGAUGAGCCUUGGACCCUCGGAAACCCCAACCAUGACGGCAAUGACCUGUUCUUGGUUGCGGUUCAUGAGUUGGGGCAUGCCCUCGGCCUGGAGCACUCAAAUGACCCCACUGCUAUCAUGGCUCCCUUCUACCAGUACAUGGACACAGAAAACUUCAAACUACCUCAAGAUGACUUGCAGGGCAUCCAGAAAAUCUACGGACCACCAGAUAAAGCUCCACAUCCCACCAGCCCUCCACCUACAGUUCCACCUCCUCGCUUCCACCCACCCUCAGACCCCCGGAAACAUGAUCGACAUGCCAGACCCCACCGCCCGCCACAGGGGUCCAAACCGUCCAACCCCAACUCCAAGCCGAACAUCUGCGAUGGAGGCUUCAACACUCUGGCCAUCCUCCGACAGGAGCUUUUUGUCUUCAAGGACCAGUGGUUCUGGAGGGUCCGGGACAAUUCAGUGGUCCCAGGCUACCCCAUGCCCAUCAAUCACUUCUGGCAAGGCUUGCCCCCCAAAAUUGAUGCAGUGUAUGAAAAUAGUGAAGGGAAGUUCGUCUUUUUUAAAGGAAAUCGUUUUUGGGUAUUCAAGGAUCGGCAUCUUCAGCCUUCUUACCCUCAGGACAUCUCUCUGUUCGGGAGCGGAAUGCCCACACAGAGUAUUGAGACGGCCGUCUGGUGGGAAGAUGUCGCUAAGACCUACUUCUUCAAAGGAGACAGGUAUUGGAGGUACAAUGAGGACAUGAGGACCAUGGACCCAGGUUACCCUAAACCCAUUACCAUCUGGAAGGGCAUCCCUGACUCUCCACAGGGGGCUUUCGUGGAUAAGGCAAAUGGCUUCACCUACUUCUACAAGGGAAAGGAGUACUGGAAAUUUAACAACCAGCUGCUUCGUGUGGAGCCCGGCUACCCCAGGUCUAUUCUGAGGGACUUUAUGGGCUGCGACGGGCUCCCCGCUGACCCCGACUGGGGCUGGAAUCCCCCAGCAGCGGAUGAAAGGCACUGCGACAACAACGAUGUGGAUGUCGUCAUCAAACUGGACAGCGUAGGGGGUACGGAGAAGGCUGUGGCCAUUGCCAUUCCUUGCGUCCUGGCGCUGUGCAUGAUGGUCCUCCUCUACACCGUUUUCCAGUUCAGGAGGAAGAGCACGCAGCGUCACAUACUGUACUGCAAGCGCUCCAUGCAGGAGUGGGUCUGAAGAGACUUUUGAUGUAUAGAGACUAGUGUGGAGCUCUGAUAAAGGCCUAGUUGUUGCUUAAAGCCCUAUAAUUUGAAGGACUGUAAAGAAGUACAGUACAUGAGAUUUGCCAGUUGGGCAGAUCUCAGAACAGCUGGAACAUGGAAAGGGUGAGCUGCAAGGAAGGGGAACCAUCAGCUGACCUCAGUAGAAGACAGUGGCAGAGCUUCAUCUUCUUUGUCCUACUAAUAUUUAUGUAUCUGCUUUGAUUUUUCUUUGGAUCUCGAAAUGAACUCAGUUAAGUGAGACAGAACUAAUCUACUGGGAUCUGUAUCGGUCCCCAUCUCUGCACGCCGCUUAAAAAGCCCCUAGCACUAACUUCAGAGGACAAAUGAGGUCUAGGCUUCUACUUCGCUUAAUUCCAUCGUCUUGAGUUGUGCUUCUUCUUUAGUCUAGGAUCCCUGUAAAACAUAAUUCACCAUAAGGGGAUACGAAUACCAUACAUAAACCAAAUAUGACGUUUGCUUCCAAAGAGGAUUACAGCUUGACGUUGUUUUCGAUCGGAAAUUCUUCUUCUGUGGAUCUAACGUUUUGGAUCACACUCUGAUUUUCUUUCACGGUUACUGUUCACACCUACUCAUCUUCUCUGUAAGGGCGAAAAGAAGGAGCAGAAGAAACCCGUGACUGUUGUGACAGUCUGUCUCUCCAACAGUGGCCAAAAUAAUAAAAAACAAAAACCACUCUGCAAUAUUAAUAAGACUGCCUUAAUCACAGAUUGCUUCAAUUAUUUCUCCUUCUGUUUCACUGGUGCGGAGGAUGGAUACUGAGUGACAUGGCAGGAAGACCGAAAAUGCAUGUGAAAUAAUUUCUACUGCUCAAAUGCAAAGUUAAACCAGUAGAUGAGGACAUUUUGGUCCACAGAGGAGAUCUUAAAAAUGUCAGCUGGCAAAGAUCAGCUUUUAUUUGCAGCCUCACAAGAGAAUGAGGGUUUUGUGUAUGUGUGUAUGUGUGAAAGAAUGAAAAAUCACCUUUAUUAUAUAAGUACAGAACCCUGCUAUUAUUUAUGAUUGUUUAUUUUUCUUCACAUAAACCAGUUUAGCCACUUUUCCUUAAAGUGUGCCAAGUGUUUGGGUCAGAAGUAGGCAUGGGCCGGUUCCCCCUAUCAAAGUUUACUGAGAUUUUAAAUAGUUUUUCUUCCAAAACUUCUAAAACUUUCCAUCAUAUCAUUUUUACAAGUGAAGUCCUUUUUAAUGAGACUGAGAAAGGGUCCGAAUGACCAAAGUAAUGCAGCAAUACUGCUCCUCAACUUGUUGUUUACUGAAAGACUACUACACUUUUCUCUCAACUAGAAAACAAAUGUGUAUGUUAAGUAAUCACCUGCAGGCUCAACCCAGGCUUUUUGAGUUACCAGUUGUUCGCUUCAAAUUAAGCAUGUCCCCUUUCCCUGUUGGAUUAGUGGUAUGAAAACCUUUUCCCCGCCGGCCAAAAUGGUCAAGUGGAAAGUACUCAUGAGUUGCAAAAUUUUGUAUUUUUUCCUAUUCAUACCUGCUAAACAAUAAAACUGAAGUGUUCGCUAUCUUGGAGAUCCAUCUGCCUCACCGCAUGUGGUGCUGGGCUAAAUUUGUGCUAUUCUUGAAUUAGGGUUGUGCGCCGUACUUUAGACAGCCCUGCCUUAGGCCGCUGAAUACCAGUCAAUGACAUGUAGGCAGUAUGGACAACUAAAUGACAUCAUAGAAUGUUUGCAUAUCAAAUAAACACGGCACAUGUCCUCUGCUGCGCUUCUCCCCUUGCACAUGUUCUCUGUCUCACUCAGUGGAGUAACAAAGGAGAAGCUUGUGUACGUUGUGUGAAACACAACGAAAAAAUGAAAAACAAAAAAAAUAACAGCUUGCAUCUACAAAUCAGUUUCUAUUGUUUCUCUAAAAAGGCAGUCUGUACAUUUAGUUUGUUCUUGAACAUAACCCUGUUGUUACACUUCCAGUGUUACUUUGCAUACAGAGGAAUAGCAAAAAGAUAUAUUUUACGCAAGGUACGUCUACUGAUAAGCACAACAAAAUUUAAGGGUUGUUAAUACUAUAGCUUUUUAAGUGUAUGUAUUAAAAAUAAAGAACUUUAUACCUGCACUUGUGGAAAACAAUUAAAGAGACCAGUGCAACGUUUUAAAAUCAGCAUCUCUGCAUGUACGACAGCACAGCAGUUUGUUUUGAAUGCCGACACAAGCAAACAUCAUUCUACAUAACAAGGUAAUGAUAGAUAAUCACCCGGACCUAUCAAACAAGUGAAAGACUGGUGGAGAACAAGGCAGGAGACGUGAAAGCUGAUUUUUUAACCAGGGUUGUUUUACCAAUUAUAGAUUUCUGAACUCUUCCCAAAGUACUACAUUAGCGUUGUUUUUUUUUUUUAUUGAAUAAAAUCAGGUUUUAUUUUCAUUAAUUGAAGUCUGAAAACAUUGAAUUUUUUUCUGGCCAUUUUUUUAUGCAAGUAAAUGUAUCCAAAAUAGUAUUUUUAUUUUGUCAGUAGUUUAUAGAAGAAACAAAAAUGUUUAUUACACUCAAGGAAAUACUCAUAUAGAGGAUAACCUCCAUAGUGAUGUAAAAAAAUUCUAAAACAAAAAAAAAAUGGCAAUGGUCACAUUUUUUAUAGAGUUGUUUGUAGUUUUAAGAAUAUAGAUAUAAGUACAGAAAAUAAUAUCAUAAAUGUUAUAGUCCUGUAUAUGAUUUUCACAUCAGUAGAAACCAGUUUGCCUUUAUUUGAAAGGAAUAGAAAUAUCAGGUUUGCCAUAUUUGUUUUAAAUAUAUGAACGUUAGUCUCAUACCGGUCCAUGCCUAACAGAGGAAAUAGUGAGCAAGGACAAGAGAAGGGGAAAAAAUCCCUGCAACUUUUAUUACCAGAAGCCCUUCAACUUUAUGUUCAUCAUCCUUCUUCUUACAAAGCUUUGCAACAAGGUGUUUUUUUUUUUUUGCUGAAUUGCACUGCUUUUAAGAAUGCAUUUCUAGCUUUAACAGGACUUAAAUUGUUGUUCUAAACUUACUGUUGGCUGGAGUUUUGUGUUUUUAGGGAAAUGUUCUAACCAAUAUUGCCUGUGUCUUCUGUUUUAUAUACUGUAACCACAGUUAAACAUUAUACAAAUACAUAUGGUUCGUUAGGUUACUAAAUUACUAAUAAAUGUUUAGAACCAAUGAAAUAUUGUUGGAUUCAAAUGGCAUAUUGGAAAGCCAAAAUCAGCUAAAUUAAAUCUGCUGAACGCAAUUCUAAAUAUGUAUUAUGAACCUUGACAUUUCAUAUAUUCUGUACACACAUAUAUAUAUAUAUACAUAUAUAUAUACAAUACAGCUGUAUAUGUAAAUCUUAUAAUGUUUCAACUAACUUAAUCAGUGAAAUUAAUCUAUGUAACAAAACAUAAACUCUCUGUUGUAAAAUCGAGCUAGAUUGAGCAGGAAAGGGAGUUUUUUUUAACCAUUUUUUUCAUGUGUUAUGUGUUUAAAACUUGAUACUGAUAUUUUGUUAUAUGUAUAGUGAUAAGCAAAAAGGUAGUAUGACAAAUAUUUAAAAAGUACUCAGUUUAUUUUGGCAAUUGAUUGUCAGGCCGUGACUGGAUUUCACCAAAGUCGAAGCCCCAGACACACAAAUACUGGUAUUAAAAAAAAAACUACCCAUUAAGAGACAGGCUACUUCAGGACACCUGUUACAUUAAGAUGUCUGAUUUUAUUGCUAAACAAUGAAAUUACUGCAGUUAAUUAACUUUUUUAAUACAAUGAUGUGUACUGAUGAUCUUGAAGUAACAACCCCGACAAUACUGUCAGUUUUUGGGUUUGUAAACAUCAUCAAUUACAAUUAAUCGUUGAAAAGAUAUAUAAAAAUUCUUAUGAUAAAAAUAUGUCCCAAUAAUGAUAAACAACGUGAUAACUGCCCAUUCUUGUUUGGAAGGGAAAUUUGAUUUAGAAUGUUUGCGAGGUCUUUUUUUGUUUCACAGUGGUUGGAUGGUUUGUUGAAAAGUUAAAAUGAUGGGUAUCAUUUAUGUACUGCAUGAAGAUAUGCUGCUUCCAGUUAAUACAAUUCUAACAUCACCUUUUGACGCAUCCAAUACUAUAUGUCCAGCUACGCUGACUGCUACAGAUUUCUCAACUUAAAAACAUUUCGUGGAAUGAGUUUAGCGAUGAUAUAUUUGCCCCACUGCUACAAAAUGUAUGGAGGUGCCAUGCAAAUAUUGCAGCAAUGACUUGAAAGUAAUGCAAACAUUCUGCACUAUUGAGACAAUGAAGAUUCACUCUCCUUGGCAUCAAUUCUCAGCCCAAUAUUGUCAGUCAAACGUUAAUUAUUCGUCAUCUGGCAAGAACGUAUAUGUCCAAAUGUAAAGUAUAUGUCCAGUGUUGCUGCUACAGAACUGAUUCAACUGUAACUAAAAUAUUGCACAAAUGACCCAAAUAUAAACUUACCUAAACUCACACUAUGCUAUGCAGAUGCUUCUCUCACCUUGAUAUGCUGGAUGCUUGAAACUGCAAGUAAAACUGACAGCAUGACCUAGUUUUUGAUUAAUUCUGCUAAUGAUUAAUUGACAACUUGGGGGCACUCACAGAGCCCCUGAAAUUUAUAUUCCAAGUGGUCAGUUGAUGUUUAAUUAUGAAAAAACCAAAAAAUAAAUAAACAAGAUGAAAACGUCAUGGUAAAACUAUUGUGCCAUGUUUUAACGCAGCAGAAUUCUGAAUUUUGCACCCUUGAUUCAAAUACACAUGCACUAUUCUCAAUGGAAGUGAAUGUAAAGAUGUGAAAGAUGUAAGACAAAUUGAUGUUCCACAAAAUCCUCUUUUAUUUAGACCUGCAUAACAUUAACUAAACUAAAGAAAUUGGAUUGCAAAUCCCUGCACAUAAUUUCUUAAACUGAGGGAACUGACCUUUCUGAUCUUUCGUGCUUUGUUUUAAACCUUGGGGGAUUAUUACAAUAUUGCUGUGUGGUGUGUUUGGUAGAUCCUUUGUGACUUCUUUAAAUAUUUGUGUUCACUGAUUUUGAUCUGUUAAAAUGGCCGUCAGCUGUACAGGAAACCUAAUAUUAUCUUUUACUGACGUCAAGGCGGAGAUGUUUUAAAGCACAUCAUAAACUCAAAAUGUUCUAUAUCUGUUACCUAGAGGAGCCCUAAGGGAACUGUGGUUGAUUAGUUUGACAUUUAGUCUUCAUCAUUUGUAAUAGAUAAAAACAUACGUACAGUAAAAGCUGAUGCAUGCAGAUUUGAAUUAAGAUGUCAUUUGUCAACCAUUAAUCGCUAUUCUAGCCAUCUUUGUCUCUUUCAUUCAAUGACAGGACUGUUUUAGCAAUUUCAGUUUAGCGGUUUCAAAUAGUCGUCUUUUGACUUUUGUAAAAGCUCUCCUUAUUGCUGUUCCAGUCUUCAUCGUUCAAUUCUAUAAACACUAAAAUAAAACAUUUGGGAACAGUUUGGAUCAGCCCACAUUGAUCCACAACAGGUGUAACCUAAAGAUGGGGGCAAAGCCUUUGACUCUGUGUUGUGCUUGAUGUCGUGUGAGUUUGUUUGCUAAUGGCUGAGGACUCCUGAUAAUGUGAGUUAAACAUGACCAAUUAGGGGAGUUUGUACUGUAUAUUUUUGACAUUAUCCUUUCUCAAGUCUUGCAUUGCAUUGAGGGGAAGAAGCUGUCCAUUGAGUAAAGUUUAAAACAGAUUUUAUUUUAGUUCGGCAGACUCCAGCUUAUCUUCCAUAUGAAAACAGUUUUUCAUGGUCAACAAAUCUUUAAAUUUUCUGGUAGACAUAACUCAUUAGAGGUUGGACAAAGGUUUCUUGCUUAUUUUUAAAACCCAACUUCUAGUAUCUGUCUCCAUGCAUCUUGGUUGACUCUUUAAUGCUUUUCCUUUUUUUAAGUCUGCCUUGACACUUGCUGCUAAGCAUUAGGGCUAAUUUGGAGUGACAUUAAAGGAAGCGGAUGGGACUAAUUAGACAGCUGUUGCUACACCAGAGAGUGUAAAGAAGAAAAGACAAGGAGCAAUUGCUGCACUCUGGAUGCUGUAUGCAGAUAUGUGAAGUCCAUUCUCACAGACAAAUUGUAUAAGACGUUAACAUUACUGCAUUAUAUGUAUAUACUGUACAAGCCAGGCUCUUUACUGUCUGUUUUGGACAUUUUUUCCUUUUCUUUUAACCGACUCAAUAGAUAAAAAUGCUUUGUGUUGUAAAUAAAAGAAGUGCAUACUAAAUUUGUCUGGAUGUGAGGCUCUCACACAAACAAUCAAGUUCCACACUUUUUUUUGUUCCAGAUGAGGACAAAACAGUGAGUUGAUCCGAACCCAGACCUCAGUGUGGAAAAUGUGUUUGGAAUCGCAGAAUUGUACAUAUAAAAACGUGGAAUAUGGUAAAAUUGGGUAAUUUGUGGAUGUAACCAAUAAAUCAAAAUGUGUAACUGUACCUCUCACACUGACAUUUACACAGUAAAACAUUUCAUUAAGCAAG